AUGUUCGUAAGACUCAAUAACAAUCUAAAGAUUGUGUGCUCUUAUAGAUUGAUUGUAUAAUUAUACAACAUGAUCUAGUACUUAAAACUUGGUAAUUUUUCAAACCUUUCCCAUUUUUAUAAAUCAACAGCUAACUUAGACCUUAUGAUUAUUCUUAAAAUGUCUUACUUGUAAUCUCGUAAUCAUAUUGUACAUAAUGUAUCAGCCAUUUACAAAUUAUACAAGAAUAACUAUCUAAUGAAUUUAUUAUUCUCAAUAACACUUAUUUUACAUUUAUUAAUGAAUAGAAUAAGAAUAUAUUCGUAGCGUAAUCGUUACAAUAGUAUUGAUGAAAGCAAAUUCAAAUCUACAACCUAUCGACCAAUUCAAGAAAAAAAUCUGUAAUUGAUAAAUAAGAAUACUCUCAUUCUUUACAUUAACAGAAUAUGUAAAUAUAUUCAAGAAUUACAAUAAUAUAAGAAUGAAGGAUAUAUAAGGAAUAUUCUUAACAAAAUAUUUACGUCAACAUCGAAUUUUCAAGAUAUCUAAGAAAUAUUUAGCAUUCCUGUUGUUCAUCUAAAUCGUGAUAUUUUACUGAAUAGAACUAUUCACUUCAUAAAUACUCUAUAAAUCAAACCAUCCUAGUAAACCUUGUAUUUAUAAAAUUUUAUGAAAUGGUUCGCCUAUUUUGAUGAAUUACUAUAUAGCGAAAUGGAAAAAAUACAUGAACAUUAUCUCUGUGGUAUACAAAGUAAGAUAGUGGAUUAAAUAAAACUUAAUAAACUUAAAUAAGUUGAAUUAAAGCGAACUUUAAAUCCAAAGAAGAAAGAAAUCAUUUAAUAUAUAAACUAAUUUUCUAUAAAACCAAUUCAUAAAUAAUUUAGUUCUGUCUAAUCCAUCGAGUAAUACGAGAAUAAAUUUGGAGAAUUUGACCUCAUAUCGUCAUACUCUAGAAAUUAUGCUAAAUAACUUGACAAAAUUAAUCUAGAUCUUAAUUAAUAUUAUUAAUGA